AUGAAGCUUUCUCCUGACUCUAAGUCAAAAUCAAGCUCAAAACCCAUCAUCUCUUCUCGCCUUCCUAAAGCUUUUUCACAGCCACAAAAGCUCAAGAAAAAAGAAGAGCCACUUCUCCCGUCUGAUGAUUUUCAAAGUGUUUUGUCUCCGUUAAAGCAUGAGCCAGGCCAAUUUAUCAAACUCUCAAAAGCUCUUAAACAAAUAGAAAAAAUCCCAGACAAGCCAGCUUCACAAGACCUUUUAGGACAAUUUUCUAAUCAAAAUGCUUCACAUUUGCCUCACAUUCAGUUGGAAGAUAUGAUUACCUUAUCAAAAUUAUGCUUUUACCUAUAAAUUUACCCCAAAAUAAUAUAAAAUAUUUUAAAAUAAUUAUUUAUAAGGAAAAGAUAUAAACUCUUCAUCGCUCAAAGGAACAGCAAGAAAGGUCCUGCAUGCUCCAACGCUAAAAUUAUAUACAAUAACACAAAUCCCUAUCAAUUCAAGAGAAGAAGGGGCUGAACUGAAAGACUGGGUUGGAAAAUGGCAGAGAGCACAGCAAAGACAUAGAAGACUUGUAAAAAUCAUGGCCACCUUUUGGAAUUCCCCUGAAGGCUGCUUAAGUGUGGUUGAGGAAUUCAUAGAAGGAGGAAGCUUGAAGGAUUUGUUGGAAAAUGUAAUUUGUAUCCCUGAAAAGCAGCUUGCGAGAAUUGCAAAAAAAGUUUUGGAAUGCUUACUUCUUUUUAGAGGAUUUUUGGUAUUUUUAAGAAAAAAUUAUUAAAUUAUUUUAUUUAAAUUAAUUAUAAUGAAUUUUAAUUGAGAGAUUUAGUAUAUUUUCAUAAAAAGAAUCGAUAUUUAGGGACUAUUUCAGCAAGCCAAAUCCUCUUCACCAAAACUGGCUCAAUUCGUCUUGGUCCUUGUCUGUCCCAAAGACUUGAAACAACAAUAACAUUAAUUACUUAUAGGAAGUCCGCUGUGCUCUUGCAGACACUAAUCGAACUCCUAUAGCGCUCUAGCAUUAAUUCAGACUUGAAAAUUAAAAAAAUCGAAAUUUCUGGUCGCUUGUCGGCCAUGAUGAAAAUUAGAAGAUCGGAUAAAAGUUGCCCCAAUUGGUCUAGUGGGGGUAUUUUAAGUAGUGCUUUAAUCUCGUCCCAACUUUCAUCAUUUAAUUCAUGACUAUAAACAACUACCUUUUCAGAAUCCUCCGAUGUCUUUUCUCUAGGCAUAAUUGUCCUCUCUGCCCUUUGUAGUGAUUUUGAAGUUUUAGAGCCCAAAACCUGCUGUAUUUUUCAUUCAAUCCCUCACAAUCCUCUCUUAAGCAGAUUUUCCCCACAAGUGAAGCUAUUUUUGUGCCAAACCUUGCAAAUUGAUGAAAGAUCUCGGCCUUCUUCUCAAGAAUUAUUAGCCCAAGAAUGGCUUGAACUUGUAGAAUACCCAGGACCUUUGGUACAAAUUCAAGACUUAAUCAAUAUAAAUUCUCCUAUGGGAAACAGAGAGUAUUGGGAAGCGGCUGACGCACAGCUAGAUAGGUUAUGUGAAGCCUUGAAGGUUGUAAUUGUAGGGCAGGGAUAUGGGAAGCCUGCUGAGGUAGCAAUAGAACAGCUAGCUGAUGAGCUUGAAAUUCCUGUACAGACAGUAGCAGAAAAAAUACAUAAAGUUUAUGAAGAAAUAUAG